UCACUGUCUUGCUGAUAAUUAUAGGGCUCUAGGGAAUACAAGUUGACCUUAUAAGUUUGGCCGCGAGUGUUAGUGGCGAGCAGAUGCUAAUGAACCUUUGCUUGAGAAAUGUGUCAAAUUUGGAGUAUUUUGCUUGAAAAAAUGCUGUGUGUCCAUUCAGAAUGUGUAGGCAUGGUGUAUCAGGGAUUUAGCAAUUUUCUGGUGGGAUAUGCAGUAUCAAUCAAGCAAAAAGCUGGAUGGUUUGUAGGUAUGAAUUAUCGCAGCUCAAGGUUCCUGACACCAUCUUGCACUGUUAACCGGAUUAUAAUGACGCAGCCAAAUCCAACUAGCUCGCCUUGACAUACACAGAGAGAGGCAAGUAUGCCAGUGCUCGCAAAUGCGUAAUACGCAUGCGCGUGCUGUUGCGCCGCAUUACUAAAGCCAUCGCGCAGCGCAGUUUCGUAGACACUGUCAUCAGAGUCAUGUUGAGCCCUACGCUAGUCCUCAUUGGUUUAGUGCUGGGCUCAGCCUCGCUGCAGCUGCAGUCGGCAUCGGCCUACCGAUACCGCGGCCGCGUCAGGGCCCAGUCUUCAAUAUCACUGAUCCCAAAUGUGGAGCAGUAUUUUCAGGUCAGCUAUUAGCUACAUUAGUCUAAUGAAUGAUGUUAAUGAUGAGCAAUGGUGUUUGGAUGUCUGCAGGAAGGACUGAAGAGUUUGCAGGGGAAGAGUGUAUGUGAGCAUCUCCAGACAGUCUUGCCUCGUUUGAGCUCUGGAGGGAAGAUCCAUUUCUCGACAUCGGGUCCACCUACUCCCGACAACAGUUUGCUCAAUAAUGCCGAUUUCUGGGGCUCUGCGUCUCUCCAGCAUUCACAACAUUAUAACGAACCAGUGAUGAACAAUGCAAUGCCAAGGAAAAAACCAGCAGGGAUACCUCCCACUUACAUUGGAGCUGACAGCUACGGUGCUCCUGGUGGUCAGGACUGGGAUCAUGUAUCACGGGAGUACACAAGGCCAUCACACCAGGACAUUCUAAAUGCACAGAAGAUGUUGGAGUACUGGAAUACAGAGACAGAUAUUGACCACCAUGGCCGACAAAAACGGCGUGUGUACAUUCAAGAAGGUGAAGUGAUUUUUGCAUCAGCUGCUGAAGGUAAUGCAGUAAGCCUCACUACUGCUCUAUUUCCCAGCCUGAGCUCCUCUAGCCUCCCACCUAAUAAGCUCCUGAACAUUUCCUUCAGCUGUGCCACUGGACAGCUUGAUGUCCAUGUCCAACUUAGUGGCACUCUGGUACUUAUUCCACAAGUUUUAAGUUUUACCGACGUAACACUGUCUGUGCGAAUGCAUAUUGGCUCCAAAGUCACUUUCAACACUCUGAUACUGAGUGGUGAGACUCAGCUCUUUGGAACAAACACUUUUGUGGCUGUGAAGUAUGACCCUGCCAGCAAAAAAUUCUCAGUCCCUCCAUCGCUAGUAUUGUCAGUCAAUCAAAUUUCAAGUCACAUUUCGAGCUUCAAGACAACGCUAGACACUCUUCCUAGUACCGCUUCCGAACUUCUGAGCUCUAGAAUCACAGCCUUCUCUUACGAUCCACAAACCAUGGAGCUUUCCCUUAGCACCACGGUCCCUCAAGUGUCCCUGAUACCCAAUGUUAUAAUGCUGACUAACGCUAAGUUCAGCGUCCAAGCUGCGAUUGGGUCCAGCCCAUCUCUGAAAAGCUUGAUGUUUUCUGGAAUGUGGCAAAUAGGGAAGACCAGUCUUGUGACAAACCUCAAAUACAAUGGACCGAAAAAGCUUUUCCAUGUGACUGCAACAAGUGGUGGCAGUUCGACACUUAGCGCAAAGGACUUGGUACAGAAGAUUGCUGGAAAUUCAUACGACCUCCCCAGUAAGCUCUCCUUGUUUACUCUAAAGCAAAUAGUGGGAAAUAUCUACGACAACGGAAAGUAUUUCAUAGCAUUGCAGGGUACCGUACCUGACGGU